AUGACUGCUAAAGAUUGUCCAUCGUUGUGGGGCUUUGGAACAACAAAAACAUAUAAGAUCCCCAUUGAACAUUUGGAUUUCAAAUAUAUUGAAAAAUGUUCAGAUGUUAAACACUUGGAAAAAAUUUUUUGUGUGCUCAGAUCUGGCGAGGAAGGAUAUUACCCUGAACUUACAGAAUUUUGUGAAAAGCGUCUUACAGGCUUAGCUCCUCAAAGUAGGGCCUUGAGGAAAGAUAAGCCUGCAGCAACAGCAUCCAGUUUUACAGCAGAAGAAUGGGAACAAAUUGAUGGUGAUAUAAAGAGUUGGGUAUCCGAAAUCAAAAAGGAAGAAAAUAAAAUACACAUCUAUGAAACUGAAACAUUUCCAGCCAUGGAAGAGAAUUUGCCUCCAGUUCGUGGUUCAAACAGUUGUCUUCCUGUUGGCAAGGAUAAGUGUUCUAAAAAUAAACCAGCUAAAAAGAAAAUUCCAAGGGAUUAUGCAGAAUGGGAUAAAUUUGACGUGGAGAAGGAAUGUUCAAAAAUUGAUGGAGAUUACAAAGAAGACACUGUAAUAAACAAGUCACAUUUAUCUAAAAUUGAGACAAGAAUAGACAUAACAGGUUUAACUGAUAAGGAAAAGGAUUUUCUUGCUACUCAUGAAAAGGAAAAAGGAAAUGAAGCUUUCAACUCAGGGGAUUAUGAAGAGGCUGUAAUGUAUUAUACUAGGAGUCUAUCGGUUCUGCCUACUGUGGCUGCGUAUAACAAUCGAGCUCAAGCAGCAAUCAAGCUACAGAACUGGAACAGUGCUUUUCAGGAUUGUGAAAAGGUCUUGAAGUUAGAACCUGGAAACCUAAAGGCUCUUCUGCGCCGUGCCACUACGUAUAAACAUCAGAACAAGCUCCAGGACGCUGUAGAAGAUCUGCGACAAGUACUGGAUGUUGAACCUGAAAACGAGUUGGCUAAGAAAAUCUUGUCAGAAGUUGAAAGAGAUCUGAAAAAUGCUGCACCUGCAUCUAAGACUCAGACCAAAGGAAAAAGGAUGGUUAUUGAAGAAGUAGAAACUUCAGAAGAUGAAGAUGGAAAGGCCAGCGGAAGGAAACAUGAAGAAGGAAGAGGAGAUAAGAAGGCUGAGGAGCAGGCGGGAGCCCGGCAGGCUGGUGAGCUGUGCACCAUGGGCAACAUACAGAAGAAGUUCACCGGCAAAGGCGAAGGCAGCAAGCGGCCGGAGAGGGGCGCUCCAGGGCGGACACGGCCGCCUGGGCCCGGCGCAGACCAGCGGGGCUCGGCGACGACGUGCGGCGACAACGGGCACCCAGGUGGCGGGCAGGACACCCAGGACCCUACGGCGGCUAACGUGCCCCCAGCCGCCGCUGGCCUGAAGAACCAGGGCAACGAGCUGUUUAAAAGCGGGCAGUUCACCGAGGCAGCAUUGAAGUACUCGGAGGCGAUAGCACAGCUGGAGGCUGCAGGAAGUGAAAGUGCAGAUGAUCUAAGUAUCUUAUAUUCAAAUAGAGCAGCAUGUUGCCUAAAAGGAGGAAACUGCAGUGGCUGCGUUCAAGAUUGUAACAGGGCUCUGAAUCUUCAUCCAUUCUCAGUCAAGCCUCUUCUGCGGCGAGCUUUGGCCUAUGAAACUGUAGAACGGUAUCGGGAAGCUUAUGUGGAUUAUAAAACAGUGUUGAAAAUAGACUGUGGAAUCCAACUCGCACAUGCCAGUAUUAACAGGAUUACAAGACUUUUAAUGGAUCUGGAUGGACCAAACUGGCGGGAGAAGUUGCCACCCAUCCCCUCUGUGCCCACUUCUGCACAGUUGCGAGCUUGGCACCCGACAGCAGAGAGGACCUCAGCCCAAGCAGGAGAUUCCAGCAGCCAUCACCAACCAAGUGUCCCAGAUGAAAAUAUGUUUAGAAUCCUUAAGGAAGCAGGAAAUCAAUGUGUAAAGGACAAAAACUAUACAGAUGCCCUUAGUAAAUACAAUGAGUGCUUAAAGAUUAACAACAAGGAAUGUGUCAUAUAUACAAACAGAGCGCUCUGUUACUUGAAGCUGUGCCAGUUUGAAGAGGCAAAGCAGGACUGUGAUGUGGCGCUUCAGCUGGAUGACGGGAACGUGAAAGCUUGCUUUAGACGAGCUCUGGCUCACAAAGGCCUCAAGAAUUAUCAGAAAAGCUUAAAUGAUCUCAAUAAAGUACUCCUACUAGACCCAAGUAUUGUUGAGGCAAAGAUGGAACUGGAAGAGGUAACCAGAUUUCUUAAUAUUAAGGAUAAUACAGCGUCAUUCAACAAAGAAAAGGAGAGACGGAAAAUUGAGAUUCAAGAGGUGAAUGAAGGCAGCGGAGAGGUAACUGGACGAGCUUCACCCAAGGGUGCCACUGACUGCCUUGCUUCUGAAAAGGGAAAUGAAAGCGCUGGGCCCCCAGAACUCUGUGAAAAGCUACAGAUCUGCAAACCUAAUAAUGCCUAUGAAUUUGGUCAAGUUAUGAAUGCUAUAAAUACUCAGAAAGAUUUAGAAGCUUGUGCGGAGCUUUUGGCCAUCACUGAACCGAAAGAUCUGCCAGUGUUGUUGAGUAACAAACUUGAAGGGGACACAUUCCUCCUCCUCAUUCAGUCUCUGAAAAAUAAUCUUUUUGAUAAAGAUCCCUCACUGGCAUACCAGCAUCUUUUAUAUUUGAGUAAAGCAGAAAGGUUUAAGAUGAUGUUGACACUAACCAGCAAGAAUCAAAAGGAGCAAAUUGAACAGCUAUUUGAUGGCCUUUUAAACACGUCAAGUAAUCAGUUUACUGUAGAAGAUUUACAGGCCCUCAGAAGGCAGUAUGAGCUUUAA